AUGUGCACAAUUUGAAAGGACGUGGUUUCGUAUUUUCGCUCGGAUCCGGUCGGCCGGCGUAGCGUUUUUUAUCAUAAUUUUGAUCUAUUCUAUUGUGUCAGAGAAUAUCUUCUCUGUCACUGUUCCAUUGUUUUACGUGUCUUAUAAAUUUUACUGAAAUGUAUCAACGAAAUCGAAGUCAGAACCAUUCGCAGGACUGGGAUCCAAUGAGAGAAGAAUAUGAAAACUCGACAUAUGCACCGCAAUACCAAGAUGAUGAUACCAAUACAGAUAGCGGCGUACAGCUAGAUCAUUGCAAGUUGUACGUAACGAAUAUACCGAAGAUACUGAAACAGGAGGGUCUACGGAAUCUGUUCUCGAAAUACGGGAAUUGUCUCAAAAUUUUUCUCAGUAACGAUCCAUCUAAGAGAUACGCGCUGAUCUGGUAUGAAACACCGAGUGAAGCUAAAUUGGCCAUGAUGAAAUUGAAUAAGACCGAACCUCUCCAGUUGAAUAUCAACGUAGCUCAUAAGAAAACUUAUCAAGAACCGCAAAACCAGAGAAGCAGCAACAACCAGAGGAGUUCGAUGAACUAUCGUGAUGAUGGGAGCGUCAGCAGCAAGAGCCGGUACAGCAGGAAGCUGGAGGAGGUGUCAAAUGGUGAAAAUAUUAAUGAUGAUGAUAUCAUAGUUGAUGAUGACCUGGGUCUCUUAGACGACGGUCUCGACACGAAUCUGGUGCUGGAGAUUGAAGAGUUGAAGCUGAAACAUCUGAAGCUCCAAGAGGCUCAGAUACAAUGCAAGCAGAGGAUGUUGCUGCUCAACCGUAUAGGGAAGAACACAACUCAGAGACCUGCGGUCAAUAGGUGCAUGUUGCCCGAUGGGAGGAUUGUCGUUCGGAAUACAAACGAAAGAACGGGACAACAGGACGUCGCGUUCAGUUCAGCGGCUGGUGAUUCGAGGGCGAUGAGCUGCUCCUGUGAACACAAUCCUUGGAACGAACCAGGAACGUCCGACAGUUCUACGCCCUCUACAUGCGUUCUGUGUUCGAAGGACAAGGAUAAAAAAGUUAAGUCUGAUUUAGACUUUGAUAGAUACGUUAAAUCAGUCAACUCUGCUACGAGAUCGGUAGAUGUCAGUCAGAAAUCAGAUAAGUUUAAGACGAAGGAAGAUACAAAAAAAACUGCAAUCAGUUCGGAUUAUACUAAGAAAAGUGAUCGUUUAGAUGAUAAGAAAGACGUUAAAUUGGUUAGAAGGAGCGAUUUAACUUGUAAUAUCGUUUGCGACAGCGACGACGACUUCGGUGAAACAGAUCGUCUGAUAAAGUUGAGGGAUUACGAUUAUAUAGAUAUAGUAGACGAUUGUAUGAAGCUAGUUAUUGCAUUGUCUGGAUAUCCUAAGUCUAAAAUGCAGCUCAAGCAAAUGGAGCGGUUUCAAAGAUCUCUCAACGAUGUCAUGGACAUGCAGUUGAAAGCGGGUCUUCUAAAGAAGACGCCGACUUUCCUCGACUAUUAUCUAAAUAGAGGAGCGAUCGUUUGUAUCUGCAAGAAUGUCGAUAGUAGGGAUUGGGUGGUGAGGAUAAUACCAGGUCUGCAAGAGAGGAUGGGCAGUGAUCUUGUAUUGUUGAAAGCGAAAGUUAAGAGGUUGUGUCUGGGAGUGAUCAAAACGCCGAAGUCAUGUUGGCCGGCGACCGCUCAAGACGCGUUUAAGCUCUUGCAGUAUUUCAAUCCGAAUUUGAAGACUCAUUUAUGGAAAAUAUAUUCGCAGAAAAUUAUCGACGACGUCGAGAGUACGUCGUUUAUUAUAGACAGGGUUUCAGGUGAAUUUAUUCGCGGUCCAAGUUUUAAGAAUGUCAUUGAUUACGAUAAAAUGAUUUUCGAAAUAAUGGGCAAUACGGAAAUUUAUUACGACAGUUACCUAUCAGAUCUGAACGAAGAUCUGUCCAGUGUCGCGUCUAGGGUUAAACUUUUGCAAGAGAUUAAGUCAAACGAUUCUACUCCCAGGAAUCUUGAAAUAAAAGGUGAUAACGACGGGGAAAAUGAGGGAAUUAAUGAUUAUCCGGACGAAGCGAGCGAUAGAAAUGAACAGACAUUUGAAAUUAAAAGGUCAUCCGAUGAUCAGAAUAAGGAUGUCGAUGCGAAUAAAGGAUUAGACGUAACUGUGACGAAAUAUACGUCAGAUGAUCGAAGCGCUAGCAACGGAGAAGAUAUCUGGAACAUGACGCCUGAUAAUUUAAACUGUAAUAAGACUAUUUCGAAUGAGUCGAGAGAAGUUGAAGUUAUCGAUGCUAGUACUUCAACGAUCGCAAUAUCCGAGCAAACCGAAUCAUUUGCGGAGAGUUUUGAGAAUGUCACAGUGAAAAAUAGCAAUUUAAACAUCGACAGCAGUAGGGGCAUUGCGUAUAAUAGACGUACGAAUUAUUUACACGUCGAAAAUGAACUAAAAAUUUCAUUAGUUUUAGAUGGUUAUCCGCAGAAUAAACUGGAAGGUACGCAUAUAAGACGAUUGAAACAACUAUUCAAAGAUUACCUCCAUAAAGAUAUGAAGUUGCAGCGUUUUUGUAAUAUGAUAAUACCUAAAUUCCAUGAUGUGUAUCUGUCCAAUGGUGCCGUUAUAUAUAUCUGUGAUAGCUUAGAAAGUAGGGACUAUUUGAUGGAAUCGUUACCCAAGUUCAUUAACUCUACGGGCUUGAAAUUGAAUUUCAGAGACGUUAAUAACUUGGUCAGGUAUACUAGGAUCAUCAUGAAACUGCCCCAAGAAUUGUCUAAUGUCGAAUCUCACGAUAUACUGUACGCACUUAAAAUGAAAUAUCCAAAACUGAAUCCAGACGGCUGGAAGUACUAUUCCGAUGUCGCUGGCAAACAGAAGAGACAAUUCGGCGUCGAUCCAAUUUCACUGGAAGUCAUCAAAUGUCCGAGUUUCGAUCCGAUAUACGAAGGGAAAACGAUUAGUUUCAGAAUAAUCGAUAGACAAAAACGUGACAGUACGAAAAGUGACUGUGACUUCAAAGAAUCGGAAUAUGAAAAUGACGAAACUAAAAAACUGAAGCAAGAAUUGUUACACGUCAUGUACAGUCCGAUAGAAUCUGAUAUCAUGAACGUACCAUUGACACGUAUCAGGACAAAUCACUAUUCCGAUUUGGUUGCAGACGAUUUGAAAUUAUACGUCGGACCAGCCAAUUAUCCCGAGACUCGUAUCGACGAAAUGGAGUUUUAUACCAUAAAGAGAACUAUGGAGAAUAUUGUUUUUUGUAACUACGACGGAUGCUUCGAUUCUGUACCGAGAUUUCGUGACAUAUAUCUAUUUGAUGGCGUGAUAUUUACUAUAUGUCAGAACAUGAGCUCGAGGCUUUGGGUCGAGGAAAACGUAGUAAAUAUAAAUUCACAAAUGUCAAUGAAUUUGAAGGUAACGGAAUUUCGAGGUGCAGUAGGUAUUAUAAGUAUGAUAGUGAAAACGGAUAAGGCAGCCGACGAGGUUAUAUCGAUAUUGCAAAAACAAAAUCCGAGAUUGCGAACAAAAUUUUGGAGAAAAAUCAAUACUGUACACACUCGGACGAAACUCGACGUCGUCUUGCAGAUCGAUAAGCUCUCGGCUCAAAUAAUAACAGAUAAAGAUUUCAACGGUACGAUCGGAGAUGACGGUGUGGAGUUCAAACUGGGACACUUAAAAUCGAUGCUCAAGCCUAAAAUUAGUAUUCACGAUAACUCGAAUAAUAAUAUAUCAACAGUCAACUCUUCGCCUUCAAAUCACAUUCUCGCUGAAAAAACUAAUCCCAAUAUUAAAGAUGAAAACGUUAAAUUAGUACAAGAGAAGUUCAAUUCGACGUUCUUCGAUAAGGGAAAUGAGGAGAAUUCGCCGAGAUCGAUGAGGAAUCUCGGUUUCAGGGAGAGUAAUGUUUUCUUCUACAAGGAUAUCGAUAAAAAUUCAGACAGGGAUUCCGUGAAAAGUUUUCGUAACGACUCUCAAGGUCAUUGCAAGAUGGUUUUGAAAGUUCCCAUGAACAUUCUACCUGAAUCUAAGGACGGUCUUGAAGUCAUCCUCGAUCUUUUGGAAGAUAAAAAUCCGGGUCUCAAUACCGAGCUAUGGAAGGUCGAAAAUAUAUCGCAAAAUAAUCGUGGUAAAUUUAAUAUUUUAAUUGACAAGCAUUCCGCGUCCAUCAUAAAGGGGGAGGGAUUCGAUCCUACUAUAGGUGGAGAGAGACUUAAGUUUCUGCUCUAAGUAUGUAUAUGUAUCCGUUAAAUUGUAAGAUCUGUUAGUUUAUAUU